AUGGGAAGUUGUUGUGGUGGAUAAUAAGGAUGGUGUGGAGAACAAAAAGUACAUACUAACGUAGGAGAGGGUUAAUAGUAAGAACUAGAUAAAAAAAUGGAUGAUUAGUUGGAUGAAAAUUUAGUUAAGGAGAAGGCCACAAAAAUACAAGCUCAUAUAAGAGGACACAAGGCAAGGGAAGAGGUCAAGAAGAUCAAGGAAAGUCAAAAAGGCUCAGAACAAAUCUCGGAUAAUUGUAUUAAAUAAAGCAGUGAACCUAAAAAAAUGGAAAGUCAUCAAUAAUAGGAAGAGAAGGCCUCUGUGACAGCAAAAGAAGCUUUAUACACAAAGGGUCCAGACUAAAGUGCUGGAGCAAAUUAGCAUGCUCCAAAUGACAGAGUUAGAAAAAUUGAAAGGGUACCUGAUUUUUUGACAGAUCGAACUAGACAAGUUUUGGAGAAAUUAGAAGAUUUUGUUUACGACCAAGAUUAAGAGGAGUACAAAGACUUACCACAUUUGGGCCCUUACGAAUUUGAGAACGGAAGUGUUUAUAUAGGCUAAUGGAAGAAUGGAUAGAGACAUGGCAGAGGAAAAUAAAUAUGGUAGGAUGGCUCCUUGUAUGAAGGCUAUUGGUACUAAAAUGUGGCAUGUGGAAAAGGAAGAUUAAUUCAUUCUGAUGGUGAUAUUUAUGAGGGAGAGUGGAGAAAUGACAAGGCUCAUGGAUAAGGAAAAUAUGUUCAUAUGGAUGGAGCUCAAUAUAUUGGGUAAUGGGAAGAUGAUAGAUAGAAUGGGGAAGGUUAAGAAAUCUGGCCUGAUGGUGCUAGUUACUAAGGGCAGUAUAAAAAUGGAAAGAAGGAUGGCAGGGGUACAUUCAAAUGGGCUGAUGGCUCUGUUUAUGUGGGAGACUUUUACUAAAACAAUAUUUAAGGAUAAGGAGAAUAUAGUUGGGAAGACGGAAGAAAAUACGUUGGAGAAUGGAAAAAUAAUAAAAUGGAUGGCAAAGGGGUGUUUACUUGGUUGGAUGGCAGAAGAUAUGAAGGUUAAUAUAAGGAUGAUAAAAAACACGGUUAUGGAGAAUUUAAAUGGCCUGAUGGUAGAGUUUAUAAAGGUGAUUGGUCAAAUGGAAAGUAACAUGGCAGAGGAAUCUACAUAGGUUCAUCUAAAGUUGAAAAAGAAGGAGAAUGGUAAGAUGGUAAAAGAGUUAGGUGGAUUCGAAGAGGAGGUCAACCAAUCGAAGAAGGAAAUUGA